ACCGGAUGUCCCCAAACGGAAGAACCAAACGUUGUGCUACACAUAAUUAGUUCCCACCCUGGUUUUAAUGUAUUUGGUUCCAACGGGCAUUAAGUACAUAACUGUCAACAACAUGGCUGUCACUAUUUGUGCACGACAGUUUCUCCACAGAUCUUCACAUGGUCUUCGGCUCAGCCCUCUGACACCACCCGCGUUCACAAGCCCCUUUCUAUCUCGCGCCCACAGGCUUGGUCCCAGUGAUGAUGAGAUGUACCAGCGUACCACAGUGUCUGUCAUGCAAAAAGAACCAGGAGCUGGAGCAAUGAUCCACAGCUACAGCCCCAGAGGGUUCAACAUCGAUGGGAACCGUGUUUUCGGGCCAUGUGCCGUGCUACCUCCAGCCAUCCUCCAAUGGAAUGUAGGCAGCUAUAAAGACAUCACUGUAGAGAGCAUGGCCCUUUUCCACAUGCUGGAACCUCGAAUUGAGGUUCUGGUCCUGGGCACAGGGGGUCGGUCAGAGCGGAUUGACCCCAAAGUCCUAGCCCUCCUCAAGAGCAAAGGCAUCGCUGUGGAGGUGCAGGACACGCCAAACGCUUGUGCAACCUUUAACUUCCUGAGCAGUGAACGGCGAGUGGUGGCGGCAGGUCUGAUUCCUCCUCCAAUCAGCACGGAGCUGGAGUAGCAACAACAAAAACGACAGAAGGAGGUCUCGAUGGAAAAGAGGAACUACUUUCACCACUGGGAUGGAUGAUCUGGAUAAAUCUGUCCUCAUUCAAGUGCUGAAUUAUGUUUUUUAGCAUUUGCAAACUUUGUACUUGUGUGACCAUUCCCCACAGAGGGGAAGGGGGGGUUGGUUGGUUAUGAAAUGUGUAAAUGAAAAAAAGAACAGGAUUUCUGACGAAUAUUGAAGGAUAUGAUUUGGUGGGAGUGUUAUUUAGUGUUUCAUAUCGGUAUCAUGGUAAAUACAUAAGGCCAGCUACCAAUGAUGCAAUAAACUAUAUAUAUACACUGCUCAAAAAAAUAAAGGGAACACUUAAACAACACAAUGUAACUCCAAGUCAAUCACACUUCUGUGAAAUCAAACUGUCCACUUAGGAAGCAACACUGAUUGACAAUAAAUUUCACAUGCUGUUGUGCAAAUGGAAUAGACAAAAGGUGGAAAUUAUAGGCAAUGCACAUUUGUGGCCUGCUGGAGGUCAUUUUGCAGGGCGCUGGCAGUGUACCUCCUUGCACAAAGGCGGAGGUAGCGGUCCUGCUGCUGGGUUGUUGCCCUCCUACGGCCUCCUCCACGUCUCCUGAUGUACUGGCCUGUCUCCUGGUAGCGCCUGCAUGCUCUGGACACUACGCUGACAGACACAGCUAACCUUUUUGCCACAGUUCGCAUUGAUUUGCCAUCCUGGAUGAACUGCACUACCUGAGCCACUUGUGUGGGUUGUAGACUCCGUCUCAUGCUACCACUAGAGUGAGAGCACCGCCAGCAUUCAAAAGUGACCAAAACAUCAGCCAGGAAGCAUAGGAACUGAGAAGUGGUCUGUGGUCACCACCUGCAGAAUCACUCCUGUUUUGGGGGGUGUCUUGCUAAUUGCCUAUAAUUUCCACCUUUUGUCUAUUCCAUUUGCACAACAGCAUGUGAAAUUUAUUGUCAAUCAGUGUUGCUUCCUAAGUGGACAGUUUGAUUUCACAGAAGUGUGAUUGACUUGGAGUUACAUUGUGUUGUUUAAGUGUUCCCUUUAUUUUUUUGAGCAGUGUAUAUAUAUAUAUAUAUAUAUAUAAAUACAAUGUUUUGUAUUUAUUUAAUUGUCAGUGAAAGCAUAUGGGAGUAUGUGUAUGUAAUCUACCCAAGGUGACUGUCCUUCACUGGGAUUAGUAAACCUCUCUAAUCUCAUUGUCUGUCUAUCCGUUUGGCUUCCACCCCCAUCUCUGAACCACCGCUUUAUCUGUCUCAGAAUAGAACAUAACGCAACUCCAAGAACUUUGUCCUUCUUGGAGUUAAUCUGUUGGGUAAGGGUAUCCCUAAUUACUCUGCUCUGAUGCAUUUAGCAUCAUCCAUCCAGUUCUACUUCACACAAACACAUGGUCAUUCAUUCACACUCGAGCACACACUAAACACAAUCUCAGGCCAUAUUUUACAUUUACCACAGUCAAAUAAAGUGUGGUGUUUAUUAGA